CCAUUCUACCUCACCUUCCAUUGUCUUUAUCGCACUAAAUCAUCCCCUUCUUUUAGGCUAUGCUGCGCAAGCUCACGUUAAAGCCGAGACCAUAGGUCAGUGUUGUGGCCUUGCCUCACCAGCACAGGCUUGCUUUUCAGCCCCUACUCUCCCUGCUGUUUUGUUAUUGUAUACUCUGUUGUCUUCUCCCCUUCUGACGAGUAGGUUGUGUACUUAGUAAAAAAAUAUAGCUAGCUUAUUUAACACUUUCCGGAAAUUAGCACUGUGCUUGCAUAAUCCGGCAAGUUUUGCAGAAAACUAGCAUAUUCUUGUGAAAACUAUCAUAUUCUUGCAAAAUUUGGAAUUUUCGUGAGAAUUCACAAUACCCCCACGACUACUACUGUGCCUUUGCCUGCUGAUUAAUAAUAAUUCUGUGGUUCUUGAUUUUUUCUGUUUCGUAGAACAUUACUUAUUCUGCAAUAUACAUGUAUGCAGUUACCAAUCUGCAACAGUAAUCUAUAGCACUAUUUCCAUUUUUUUCAAAGCAGAAUUCAAGCAUUAUCAGUGCUAUUUUGGAGCAGAAUGCGAGCGUAUUGAAAACCAGAAUCCAUCAAAUUCUGGAGCAUUAUCCGCCGGGGCCUAGUCCGAGCUCCAAAUGAAAUCCAACAUUAUAACUCUUGUCAGCACAGUUGCGGCUUGACCCGGUUUCAGUAGAGGAAGCCAACACUGCUUUGAAGCGAGUGACACCUUCUGGAUGAAUAGUUUCUAACACUCCUCCAUGACUCUAGCAAUGCAGCUGUUGACGAGGGUCAGGCCGUCUUCAACUAUAGUGACGGAAACUACAGGCAGAAUCACGGCCACUAAAGUUUUUAAACUAAAACAUAUCAUCAGUGUUGAAACGUCACACUUGCCAGAUACAACCCCUACAACCAUCUGACUCGAUGGACCAAAAUGUCUAGCCAGAGCCAGGAAGGAAGAGCUUGGGCCUGACACAUCGUGAACUGCGCGCACAUACAUGUACACGUAUAUGCGUAUGAUGCGAAUAUAAUAAUUAUACCGGUAUUCAUGCAUGCAUGCAAAACAUCGGUCGGUCAGAUUACCAGAAACCAAAGGACUUUUUCGGUGCGGCCUUAGUUGAAACGUAUUUAAGCUUAAGAAGUUCAAAAUCUUGUGAAAUGAGAUCCUAACAGAUGCUUUAGUGUUGCCUACAAUGUCUCUGCAGGUUGCAGCUUUUCUCUGUGGUCGCGCAAGUAGAUGGCUACGGAUGGGCUAUCCUAGUCGUUUGAUUCUUGUCAUGGAGACCAUUCUCGAUUGCAUUAGCAAUGUGUCGGUCAAGUUGUUGGAUAUGGAAGGCUGGGUUGGAGCAUUUUCCGAAUGCAGUGAUGACCUUAUCCGACAACUCAUCAAGAUGGCGGUUCAACAGCACAAGCUUCGUCCAACAGUAGUACAAAUACUGGUCAAACGACGUAUGGAGAACUGCAAACGCAAGACACAUCUAGUGGUGCGUCUGCUUGGCCCCCCAGGCAGUGGAAAAACGUCACUACUCAAGUCGUUGCACAAGCGUCACACGUUCUUCGACAAGCUGGUCAACUUCUUUUUGCGUGAUCGGGGGGACCGAAUCGAUAGUGCACGAACCCGCGGAAUCGAGCGCUUUUACCACGAAGGCAUCGUUUUUCUCGAUCUAGGUGGCCAAUACCGAUAUAUGAGUAAUCACCAACGGCUGACAAAGUUUUCCACCGUCCCAGCAGUGAAUAUCAUCACUGUUUCCAGCGUGGAGACGAAGGUAUGUGUACGUCAUUCGGCUCGCCAGUGGUGUAACUUCAUAGCAUGCAGCUGUGAAGAUGGUGAGGAGAAAGGCAAUGGGGAAGGAGGGAGCGACAAGACAGCCAACAAGGUGCUCAUGGUAGCUUCCCGGCGAGACAAAGCCAGAGAAUCGCAGCGUGAUGUAGUCAGCGCCGAAUGUGAGCUUCUGAAGGAUACAAUGGGCGAUCAUCUUCAGUUCAUGGACCAGCCUGUGAUCCUUGUCAAUGGUGUUGACGAGAAUUGCGAUGGUGUGGCAAAGGUGCGAGACAUCAUCGAGGAAAUGAAGAGAGAGGUGAAGGAACCAGAUACUCCCAUGUCCGCAGUCGAGUACUUCCUUGAAGAUAUCCGCCUUAAGUUCAAGGAUACACCUGCUGUCAGCCUGGAGGAAUUCACUACGGUGCUGGCCAAUCUCAUCUUAGGUGAAAAGUUUGAAGCAGAAGAUUGGAAACUGGUGAAAAGAAUGGUAGCCAUUGCGGUCGACCUGGAGCAAGAUCUCCAUGAUCUACACCAGAAAGCCGAGGUUUUCUUUUUUGCCCAGGUGCAGCUUGUGGUGCUGGAACCAACCUGGCUGAUGAGUGACAUCACCAGCAAACUUUACACACCCACCUAUCAGCGAUCAUCGUUCAUCACUUGUAAUGAGUUUGGCUUUGCGGAGCGCAGCAAUGUCGAGCAGGUUCUGGGCAACUGUACCAACUCUACGGUAAAGUUACCCGGGGAUAAGGUGCUUGAGAUUGCGCAGCAGCUGGGAAUGUGUCAUCUUACGGAUCACGGCAAUGAGGUGAUGAUACUGCCGGCCCAGGCAGAGAGCCGCACAGCUGCCCACUGGCCAGUUGCCGAUGAGAAGAUUCACCGCCACUACACCGGUCGCCGCCUGCAUUGCAGAUCCGGGAUUGCCAUGAGUGCAGCCUUGAUGCCAGCCAUCCAGCACUCCAUCCUGACCGAGCUCUGUGAGAGCGGAGAUAGAUGCCCAGUUUGGCAAGGUGGCAUACGUGUCGUCAUGAAUCGCUAUCCACAGGUCGACACGCUGGUAGAGAUCCCCGCCGGACAGCUGGCACUCAACGUCGUGACACGUGGCUACGACCAGCAAGACGUCGCGCGCUUUCAGGAGAUGGUGUGGCAUCACAUCUUGAAGCUGCCACAGCAAUUGUCACCCGGCUCUAGAGUCGACAUGGUGUUUGAAGAUGAUGAGCAGCUAAGUAGCAGUGGGCAUCUUCGGAAGCUAGACCAGCAAGGAGAGCUCAAUGCCGCGAUGGCAUUUCUUGCUAGCGACCACAUCCGUGCCACGCAUCUCUUUCCUCCUGCUGCGAAGGAUGUUGGCGCUGAUCAACGUCGCAAAGACCCACGCUUGACACACGAGUAUGCUGGCUCAGCUGAUUGCCAGAAUGCCAGUACGAUUGAAGAACGUCGUCGAGCCUCUCGUCUUUGCUCUGCUCUCUAUCAGCACCGUAUCUUGCUUAACCAAGACUUCCCUCUGGUCGAGUGCUUGCGGAGGCUGAACCAGAGAGGACAGUUGGAGGAAGCCUUCAAGGAUGACGUCGAUGAGAAGGUCAGGGAACAUCGCACGAGUGAUGCAGCCGACAUGUUCCGCCAGGGCAUUUGCGACUUACCUGACAGUGUGGUGCUGAGCCUGGUGGACGAUGUGCUACCCGAACUACCGGCUGCAAACACUGUCUACAGGGCGGUGAAAGACUGCCCUGGAUACUCACGGUGCAAAAUACCUCCUCAUCAUACUCAUGCGGCCGAUGUUGGGGUGAGUUCUGGCAUGCAGUGUUCGGCAUCAUCUGAUGCGUUCCUGGACAAUCCGUUCAACCACCCGUCCUUCAUGCCAGACAUUCACGUGUGGCUGCAGAGCAUCCCCGCGGAUGACAUCCGUGAAGCAGCGCAGAGGCAAGGUUUGCUCACGGACCACAACAUCGACAAGCUGAUACGCACAGAUCGGUACCAGAGCAACAGGGAGCAUAACUGUGAGCUGCUUCACAUCAUCAUGAACAAGGAGAGACAAGGUUACAUCGCGCUGUGCAGGAUGAUCCGAGCCAUCGGUCAGUAUGCGGGACGGCUGGAGCAGAUGAACAGCCUACUAGCGGAGUGCGAUCGUGUCUGAAGGGACGCACCUUUUCGUCAAUUCCGGCUCUAGUCGCAAGACCGUGUUUGCGCCUCAAAGUGGUUACAGCACUUGCGCAAGUGAUACACAAUGUCAAUACAUUUCUAUGUUUUUUUGUUUUUUUGCCUCGCCACACAUCCUGAAUGUUUUGUAUAGCAAAUUGUCCUUCUCCCGAAACCAGUGUCAUGAUUUUCCUGUCACAUGUGACUGCCAUUUCGUUACAAAUGACUGGCAGUUUCCUGCUCAAGUGCUGCUCUUUUAUCAUUUGCACGGUCGCAACAUGAGCGCAAUGAUGAAUGUUCUCCGUGGUACCUCGUACUAAAGCUGCCGCACUCGUUUCUCUUAACACACAUCGCAUCCCUGGUGUGUGUAAAAUGUGUGUGAGUGUGUGUGUGCGUGUGCGUGUGUGUGUGUGUGUGUGUGUGUGUGUGAGUGUGUGUGUGUGAGUGUGUGUGUAUGUGUGAGUGUGUGUGUGUGAGUGUGUGUGUGUGUGUGUGUCUGUGUGUGUGUCUGUGUGUGAGUGUGAAUGCAUCUGUGUGAAUGUGUGUUUGUGUGUUUGUGUUGGAGUUUUUGUGUAUAUAUGCAAUGGUGUGCCUAUCCAUACGGUGAAGCCAAGCAAUGUAGAUCUGCUUUAAGCUCUUCCUGUCUGAUGUGUGUGUUCCAGUGUUGUAUGCUUUUCGAAUGCUAAUGGCUAUCCUUGUGUAUGCUCGUGCAUACUUUUUAUUGUGUAUGCUCGUGCAUACUUUUUAUAUGAUUGUGUAUGCUCGUGAAUACGUUUUUAUAUGAUUGUGUAUGCUUGCUAGUUCUCUGCUGCUUCUUGCGCUACAUGACCUUGCCCCGUCUUUGCUUCGCCUAGUCAUGUCGUUGACGAGUUUUUUAGAAGCAUUGCAAUCUUUGCCGACUCAAAGUCCUUCAUGUUUAUCACGGGUUUUUUUGCCGCCUGCUGCCUUUUGUAAAUUUGCUCAUUUCACCAGCAAAGUCCUGCUUACUGUUAGUUGGUUCUUCCUCCUCCCCUCCCCUCCCCUCAUCCCCUCCUCCCCUCCU